AUGCUAUUUUCCAAGAGUGUAUUCUCGACGGUUGUGACAUGGAGCACGGAAGGAAUGAAAAUCUUAAAUUUCUAUUCAAGUACUGCAAUGAAUUCCACAACGGCCUUCUUGAUACCAUCCUCUCUUCCAGUACUGAAAGAGAAAGGCCUUACCAAAUGCUUUCUGUUGUAUCGAGGAAGUCAAGACGGAUUUACAGCUCAAUCGUUUCAUGCAAAAUGUGAUUCACAUACACCUACUCUUACAAUAAUCAAAACAAGUGGUCACGAUCCACAAAUAUUUGGAGGUUACACCACACAAACUUGGAAUCCUGUCAAUGGCAAUUACAAACGGGAUUCUGAAUCUUUUAUUUUCAAAUAUCAUGAUUCGAAAUGCAUGUUUGAGAUUUUGCCAAAUUCAGAUUCCUCUACUGGAGAAGCAAUCUAUGCAAUGCCUAACAAUUUGACAUGCUUUGGAGGAGGUUGUGACUUUUCUAUUGCUGACAAGUGUAACGAAAAUAAGAAGAGUUAUUGCAAUUUGGGAUAUAGCUACACCAUACCUCAAUCACUGUCAAACUUUCAACAUGAAGAUGCUGAGGUGAGAUCCUACUUGGCAGGAUCAAAAAACUUUAAAGUUUCGGAAAUUGAGGUUUAUAAAGUAAAUUGA